UUAUUGACGCUAAAACCAGUGCGCAUGCGCGACUGGGAGUUAAAUCUGACGUUAGAGUUUCGCCUCUGUUAAACAAGCGUGUAGUUUGUGGUGUUGUGUCAAUGGUGUCAACAAAGUCAAAUAUAGUCUAAUACACGUGGGUAAAAAAAACGUCGCAUUGCACCUUCUGAGAAUUAUGUAUUGAUGGGUCUGAUUUUGAGUUUGAUACAUGAUCCCAAAAUGAGGUUGUAAAUUGAGAAAGUUUAUUUCUUAAUUAUACGUAAAGGACAGAUUUAAAUUACCGGUGGCAAAGAAUACAAACUUUUAUAUACUUCAUGUAGAUAUUCAACAAUGGUUAAAGCAAAAAAAAAAUCAUUAUCAGAGUUUUCUCAGCGAAAGCGAAGUCAGCAGAGCAAGGAACGUAUAAAUCCAUUUGAAGUGCAUAUAAAUAGAGACAAACAAAAUGUUCUUGGGAAAAGGAGCAAAGCAGAUAAAGGCCUUCCGGGUGUAUCGCGUGCAAAAGCAAUUAACAAACGCAAAGGAACGCUUUUGCAGGAAUAUAAAGUAAAAAAUAAAGACAAUAUAUUUCUAGAUAAGCGUAUAGGUGAAAAAAGUUUUACCAUGAGCGAAGAAGAUAAAGCUUUGGCAAGAUUUGCUGCGGAACGUAUGAAAGCUCACAAAAAGAAGAAUAUUUACAGUUUAAACGACGAAGAACUAUUGACACACAGAGGUCAAACUCUGGAGGAGAUAGAAAAGUUUGACGAUCCUAAAAGCGACGAUGAAUCUAGUGACGAUGGAAAUAGGACUGGAAAAUUGGACGAUAAGUUUGUUGGCGAUGCUCACUUCGGCGGAGGUGUUUUGUCAAAAUCGGAAUCUGGAAAGUCUAGGAAAGAUCUCAUAAACGAGCUUAUAGCUGAAUCGAAGAAACGAAAAGCGGAGAAACAGAAGAUACGCGAACAGACUGUAGAUUUAACUGAGAAACUUGAUUCCGAGUGGAGGGAUCUCCUUCCAAUCAUGACUGCGGCUAAUAAACUCGUCGAAGGAACGGUCGAUAAGACAAAAGCUGAUGAUUACGAUAUUGCUGUAAGAGAAUUGAAAUUUGAAGCCAGAGGUGUGCCAUCCGAUAAAUUAAAAUCUGAAGAAGAAAUCAUAAAAGAAGAAAAAGAAAAACUGGAGGCUCUCGAAGCGGAUCGAUUAGCAAGAAUGAAGGGAUUUGUAAAUGUUACGAAUAAUCAACUUAGGCACAAGUCUGCGGAUGAUCUUGACGAUGGUUUUGCAGUAGAAACUAUAAAUGAUGAAGCAUCGAUCGAAGAAGAAAACAGUACAGUCAAGAAUGUUAAAGAGAACUCUAGCAAUGAAGAAGAAGAUGAUGAUGAUGAUGAUAACGAUGAUGAUUCUAGCGACGUAGACAAUAACGGUAAUUCUAAUAACGACGUUGACAAUGAAAAAGAAAUUGUAGAUCACCACGAAAGCCGACCGGAAGAUAAUUCAGAUGCAGAAAUCUCAGAAGCUAUAAGUUCCGAAGAUGACAAUUUCUCCGAUUUAAAAGAAUCGUCUAGCGAAGAUGAAAAUGUUGUACCAAAAAAGAGCGUUACAUUUGAUACAAGUAAUAAAGCUAUUUCGAAAGAAAAGGAUUCCAGUAAAAACAGGAAAUCCAUUUUAAAGUUGAAAAAUGAUGCAAACAAUAUUCAGUUAAAUGAUGAAAACAGGAAACAAGAAAUUAGAGAUGAUCUAUUAAGAAGAAAAGAAAUUAUGGAGAAAGCGAGGAAAGAAUUGCCUUAUACUUAUAAGGCACCAGAAAAUUAUGAAGAAUUGCAGGAAUUGUUGAAUAGUCGUAAUGCUGAAUACCAGUCAGUUAUUAUAGAUCGUAUCAUAAAGUGUAAUCACUGGUCAUUAGAUGGUAAAAAUAAAGAAAAAUUAUCGAGUUUAUUUUUAUUUUUACUGCAACAUUUAAAUGAUAGUGCCGUGGACGACGAUAUCGAGAGCAUUAUUCAUUGCUUUCAAGUUAUGGAUAGAUUAUCUCCUUUUAUUUAUGAUCUUGCUCAAAUGAAUCCAGAGAAUGCUAAAACUGUUAUGCAAGAAAUAAUUAAGGAGAAGCAUGAGGAAUUCGAGAAAAAUAAAAAGAAAUAUCCUGAAUUAGAUACGCUCAUUUUCUUCAAAUUGGUUUCUUUGAUAUUUCCUACAUCUGAUUUCAGACAUCCUGUCGUUACACCUUGUUUGAUAUUUAUGUCCCAAAUAUUACUUAGAUCCCGUGUUAAAAAUAAAGUGGAUAUUUCGAAAGGUCUCUUCAUAUGUACACUCGUUUUAGAGUAUACGCUAUUGAGCAAACGAUUUGCACCAUCUGUAAUAAAUUUCUUACGAGGAAUAAUUUAUAUAUCUGUACCGAAGCACAUUAUUCAGGGAAUGAAGAUUAUACCACCCUUUAAAACAAUUGGCGAAUUAAGUAAUUUAUUAGUACUUAAAGAGGAUCAAAAUAAUUUAGAUGUUGAUCUCGGUGGCGCCCUUAUGAGAGCAGUCGACCUAGUACAUGGAGAUAUAGACGACGAAUUUAAAGUAAGGAGUCUACUAACGGCUGUAAAUUUAAUACGCGAAUUCAAAAACCAACUUAAAGAAUUAGAGGCCGUGUAUUCGAUAUUUGAGCCAGUUUUAAAAUUGCUCAAGCCAGAUGCCUUUAAUAAAUACCCGUUGAAAGUGAAAAAGCAUAUUAAACAGAUAAGAAAUGACUUGAAGGAAUUGAAGACUAUAAAAUUGGAAUAUAUUGUGGUUGAAAAGAAAAAGCCAAAACCAUUGAGGCUUUACGAGCCCCGAAUCGAGACAGUGUAUGAUGGAAAGAGGCAUAAGACCAUGUCUAAAGAGAAAGCAGAGAGGGAAAAAUUAUUACAUAAAUACAAAAAAGAGAUGAAGGGCGCUGUUCGAGAAAUACGAAGGGACAGGGCCUUCUUAGCAAAAUUGCAAAUCAAACAACAGAUUAAGAAUGAUGAAGAACGCAAGCGUAAAGUGAAAGAAAUCUUUGGCGACGCUGCCAUGCAACAAAGUGAAUUAAAGAAACUGAAGAAGAAGAAAUAAAAGUUAAAUUUUCAUAAUUAGAAAAUUAAACUGAAUACAUUUUUGAAAUCAUACAUAUAUGUGGCGUCUUUGAAAAAAUAUAUUAACCGUCUUCACUCACUUUCAAUAUCAUACAGCAAUUGUAUUAUACAGACUGAUAUU